UCUUAAAUUAGUGUAUAUAAGUAGGUGCGCGAUCUCCGCGUCGCUUUGUUUAAGGAGGGUGGACCGCGCGACCGUCUUUCAUCUUGACUUAGUAUUGUUGUACGCCCAGCGGUACUUCAACAGUGCUAGCUGAAGCUUCAGCGGCCAUUGUCAUCCUUCAUUCACCUACAUUUCCAUGCUCCCCUCGAUUGAUUGUCAUGGAGAGGCCUAGCCUGUUCCCCAGCAUUCGCAAUGCCUCCGUCCUUCAUAUCCUCACUGCUAUUGUCGCGUUUGUGUUCCUCAGAUGGAUCGUGAGGGGUAUAUAUCGAGUGUACUUCCAUCCGCUCAGCAAAUUUCCCGGUCCCAAGUUCUCCGCCUUCACCCGCAUCCCACACCUGAAAUCAAUCUGGACUGGGAAAACGCACCUAUAUGUCAGAGAGCUGCACGAACAGUACGGAGACGUCGUCCGCAUCUCACCCGACGAGCUCAGUUACGCUCACCCAAAUGCCUGGCGGGACAUCUUUGGCAAAGGCGUCAAAGGUACGCCCGGCUCAGUCCCUCCCAAACAUUUCGUCCGCUAUUCGAAACCCGCGAACGGUGUCGAAGACUUGAUUGUCUCCGAUGACACCGAUCAUGCGCGUAUGCGUCGCAUCUUUAGUACGGCCUUCUCGGACAAGGCGCUCAAGCAGCAGGAACCGCUUUUCAUGCAGUAUGCGGACAAGCUCAUAAAGUCGUUGAGAGACCAUGUGAAGGAAGACGCAGACGCAAAGCUCGACCUGUCGCGCUUCUUCAACCUAACAACCUUCGAUGUCAUGGGCGACUUGAGUUUUGGCGAGUCCCUCCAUAUGCUGGAUAGUGGAGAGUAUGAUCCUUGGGUCAGUGUCAUCUUCGAGUCUGUCCGGAAAGGGAUAAAGCUCGGCUUGCUGUUUUGGUAUCCUGUUGCUGCUACCAUUUUCCAGGCCAUGGCACCGAGGUCGAUUAGUAGGGCGCGUGACAUACAUUUCCAGUAUGCAGUCGAUCGUGUGACAAAGAGACUCGAGAAGGGGAGGGCGUCAGAAGGAGUCGAUCUAUGGACUUUGGUUCUGGGCCGGAAAGAAGGCGAAGGGUUGUCUCGUGGGGAGAUGGACUGCAAUGCCUCGCUUUUCAUGGUCGCGGGAACGGAGACGACGGCUACGUUGCUCUCAGGACUGACGUAUCUCCUAUUAAAGAAUCCGGUGACAUACAAAAAACUCGUCCAGGAGAUCCGUGCAGCAUUCGCAAGUCCGGCCGAUAUCAACAUGGAAGGUGCUGCCGCUCUUCCGUACUUGAACGCAUGCGUGAAAGAAGCGCUGCGUCGUUAUCCCCCUGUUGCGGCUGGUCUCCCUCACCUCACACCUUCGGAUGGGUCAACGAUAUGUGGUCAAUUCGUACCUCCUCGCACCACGGUCGCGAUUCCUCAUUUUGGAGCGUACAACACGAGCAUAAAUUUUCGAGACCCCCUUGCCUUCGUCCCCGAACGGUGGUUGGGCGAUGAGCGCUAUGCUAACGACCGGAAGGCGGUGUUUCAACCCUUCCAGUACGGGACACGGGACUGCUUGGGAAGAAAUAUGGCUUAUCAUGAAAUGCGACUCAUUAUCUCAAAAGUUCUGUACAACUUUGAUUUGGAGCUUUGCCCAGAGAGCGACAACUGGAUGAACCAGGAUACCUAUAUUAUUUGGGAGAAACCUCCGCUGAUGGUUAAAUUGAAAGAUAGGGGCGUUUCCUGAGUGGAGCAUUAAAGUCUUGAAUCAGGUUGGUAUGUAU